CCUAAAUGCUUGAAACAUUAUGUCUUUCUUUCCAUGUAUAAAAUACUAUCCGAUAUUUUAUUAAUUGGUUACCAUUUUAUUAGCAGUACAUGAUACAUCUAUAUAACAGAACAUAGUCUAGAUAUAUAAUUGGAUUCUAGAGAACUAAAACAAAAUCAUUAUGAAUGUAGGAAAAUAGAUAAAUGUAUCAAAAUGAUAUGAAAAUCAUGUUAUAUACAGUACUAGCCGCCCAUAUUCAGAUUGUCUCUGGCGUCGAAACUCCAUGCCGCCACAGCAGUUAGAGAUCUCGGCCAUUGGAUUAAGAACACUCAUAUUCCAACUUCACAAAUCAUAUUCAAAUACUAACUUUAUACGGCCAAAUUUUUUUGACUGCAGUAGCCACAUGGUAUUUUGAAGAAACAAAAUCCUCUACAUCCGAUUUUAUGGUGCAGCCAGUUGUAGAAUGUUAGAUUAGGACAGAGAGAAACUUUAUCUCUCUUAAUCUAAUGGUCUACAGCCAGCUGCACCAUAAAGUCGGCUGUAGAGAAUUCAAAUUUGUAUUUUGAAUGCAUCUAAUCCAAAUCUAAAGGUCACAACUUAAUAGUCAAUCAUUUGCUUUGGAAUGACAUAUGAAAACAAGUAUUCAACAGAUAUGGAGGAGAUAAUGGCUGAGACCCUAAAAAUCAUUGAUGAUAAUGGAGACUCAUUUGCACAAAGAGCAGAAAUGUACUACAAAAAGAGACCAGAACUGAUAAAUUUUGUGGAAGAAGCCUUUAGAGCAUAUAGAGCAUUAGCAGAGAAAUAUGAUCAUCUAUCAAAGGAGCUCCAAAGCGCGAACCGCACAAUCGCCUCCGUCUUCCCCGAACAAGUCCAUUACAGAAUUGAUGAAGAAGAUGAUGAAGAAGAAGAACAAAGUGUCCUUGAAACUAAUUCAUCAUCUCCUAACCCUAAUAACCAAACAGAUAAACAAGGCAUCCCUAAGCCUCCAAAUAUACCAAAGAAGGAUUUUAGGAGUCCAUCUAUGUUGCUUUCAAGAAAAGGAACACUUAGAAAGAGUUUCAGCACUGCCAAAUCUGUUUCAAAUUUAACAAUUCAAUGUUCAGGACUAAGUAAAGUUGAAGCAUUAGCCGAAGUCGACAAGCUUCAGAAAGAGAUUUUGGCACUUCAAACUGAGAAAGAGUUUGUAAGGAGCAUAUAUGAACAUUCCUAUGAAAAGUAUUGGGAAAUAGAUGACAAGAUUACUGGAAUGCAAAAAAGAGUUUGCAGUUUGCAAGAUGAAUUUUCCAUUUGUACCGUCAUUGAAGAUAAUGAUGCAAGAGCUUUAAUGGCAGCCACAGCAUUAAAUUCAUGUAAAGAAACUUUGACAUAGUUGAAAGAGGUACAAGAAAAAUCAUCUGAGGAAGCUAGAGAAGCAUAUAAAAAAGUUAAAGAAGCUCAUUACAAAUUUGAAAAUCUUAAAGGAAACUUCAUUUCUAAGAAUACUACAAAUCAACAAGAGCAAGAAAGUGAAGUGAAAAGUAAAGAUGAAGAAGUGAUAGCUAGCUUGGAAGAAGAGAUUCAUGAAAUUGAUGUAGGGAAGUUGCAAGAGAAGAUUAUGGAAAAGCUUGAGGAAGAUUCAGGAAACUCGCUUACUAUGAACGAAAUCGCGGAGAUGAUCGAUGAGCUUGUGAGUAAGGUUGUUAGUUUGGAAACAGAAGUUAGUUCUCAGAAUGGGUUGGUGAAGAGAUUGAGAUCAGAAGCAGAUGAACUUCAAACAAAUAUACAAAGCUUAGAAGAGGAUAAGGAAAUUCUUAUUGAAGAUUCGGAAAAUGCUAACAAGAGGAUGAAAGAAUUGGAGGAGGAGUUGAAUAGAGUGAGAAUUCUGAACCAAAGUGUUGAAAGCCGAGAUAACAAUCUCCAAACAAACUUUCACGAAGCUAGUUUUAAUCUUGACAAUCUUUCAGGAAGGUUGAAAAAUGUGAAGCUAGACGAGGAAGUAGGGAAUUUAGUACUUAACGAGAAAACAAGUUUUAAUAAUGAUGAGCUUAGAGAGGAUUUAGAAAAACAUGUAGAUGAUGAAUUGUCUAAUGAUAAUGUAGCAAUCAUGAAUGACGUCAUGACAGCAAAUGAGGAGAAGGAAGAACAUGCUGCAAAUAUCGGCGAAGUGGAAAACGAAGAUGAUAAGUCUAGUUUUAAGGAAAAUAUAGAUUUUGGGAUCGAAGAGAUACCGGAGCUAACGCAGCAGGAUAAAGAUGAUUUGUCUGAGACUACAAGUAAUGUUGAUGUCGAAUCGCUUGAUCUGGAAACUGGGGAAGAAAAAGAUGAAACUAACUUGAAAAAGAUGUUAGUAAAUGCAUCAGAUGACAGAGAAAAGAUUAUGUUGGAAGAGUACACAUCAGUUUUAAAAAACUACAAUGAUGUAUCAGACAAGCUCAAUGAUGUGGAGAAUAAAAAUAGGAACAGCAUUUUUGAAUUGGCACUUCAGGUGAGGGAGUUGAAGAAUGUAGUUGCCAAUAAGGAUGAAGAGAUAAACAUCUUACAAAAGAAGUUGACCUGUUCAGAAACAAAUCCAGAUGAAAGUCCUCACACCACUCUCACACAAGAAUCGCAUAUCGAAAACGCGGCCGAAGGAGCUAACUUGCAGGGUCCUGAAAUCCAAUCUUCAGAUACAGUUAGCACUUCUUUUGAAAAUCAACACCAACAUGUUGAAAACACAGUAAACAUUGACAUGUCAAUUAUAAAUACAAGAUUAGUUGUGGUGAAAGAAAACCAAAUUGAAAAGAACAAUUCCCUUUCACCUUUAGAAAAGAAAUUUCGAUCCGAAAUUGAUGAUUUGCUCGAAGAGAAUUUAGAGUUCUGGUUGAGGUUCAGCACUUCAGUUCACCAGAUACAACAGUUCCAAAAAUCAAUACAGGACUUACAAUCAGAACUAAGGAAAAUAAAGCUUAACAACAAUUUAUCAGAAAAGAACUCAAAUGCUAUAAAAUCAGAAAUAAAGCCGAUAUUUAGACACUUAAGAGAGAUAAGAACCGAGUUAUCAUUGUGGCUAGAACACAAUGAAGUGUUGCAGGAUGAAUUACAAGCAAGACAUCCAUCAUUGUGCAGCAUACAGGAUGAAAUAGCAAGAGCAGCAAAUCCAGAAUCGGUAUGGAAAAAAGUUGAAUUUAGUGAUUAUCAGGCUGCAAAGUUUCAAGGUGAAGUUAUAAAUAUGAAACAAGAGAGCAAUAAGGUUUCUAGUGAAUUGCAAGAAGGUUUGAGUUAUGUGAAUGAACUUAAAAUUAAAGUUGAGAAGAUGCUUGAUGAAUUGAAUCAUGCAAUGGGAGUUAACAAUAGCCAUGAUCACAUGAAACACUCUACAAGUCGUGCUAGAAUACCAUUGAAGUCUUUCUUAUUUGGAAUUAAGUUGAAGAAGCAAAGACAGUCAAUGUUUGCUUGUGUCAAUCCAACACUGCAGAGACAAUUUAGUGAUCUAGAAGGAGCUAACGAUGCUCCAAUAUAGAGACGUUUCCAUCUCUUUAUGUAGUUUUUUUUGUUGUGAAAACCAUAUAUCCUCUGUGGCGCCCAACUGUAGAUACUAAUUCCACGAGUCAAGUAAAACCACAAUGGGCAGCAGAGCUCUUCCACAAGAGUAAUCUCUGUAUGUAGUCUUUUUUAAAAAGAAUCAGAUAUCCAAUUUGCCCAACAGCAAACUAAUCCUUCAAAUCGGAUAGGACCAUAAUCGACGGCAGAACUCCCUUAAGAGACUAAUCUUUGUGUGUACUCUGAAUAUGAUUUAUUUUCUUCUUUUGAGAUUAGUUUUAUGCUUCAAAUAGUGAGAUUGAUUUGAUAUACAAACUUUUCCUGUGUGUAAACUGUAAAUCAUGUUAGUAUUUUAGCGCAAAAACAAAGCAUGCUAGUAUUUGCAUGUAUGUAAUUAU